GCUGCUUUCUCCAAGUAUGCAGGCGACUCCCCAAUUGCUUGGGUGGCAGCAGGCAGACGGCGGGCAGCGGCGGCCGAGGAGGCGCGUGUGAAGCGACCGGAGAGCUCCUCUCCACUCACAAGGAUGCUGGGGGGCGAUGCCUGGCGGCAGGGAGGACGAGAUUUGCCAGAAAGCGCUGCAGCUGCUGUCCGAUCUCUGCUCCGUCGGGGCGGUAGAGAACGACAGAUGCCUCGAGUUCAAUUACUACAUGCGGGACAGCGCCAGACCCCGACUCACAGACUCCGAUAUCUCUGUGAGUUUACUGUCAUUAGUUGUCACUGCCUGUGGACUUGCUUUGUUUGGGGUAUCUCUGUUUGUGUCCUGGAAACUUUGCUGGGUUCCCUGGCGAGAACGCAGUCUGCCUGGAAUCAAAGACAAACAGGAAUCACUGAACUAUACAGAUACAGACACCAAUGACCAUGAGUAUAGUGAGGAUUACCUGGGACAGCCUACUUCAUACCCAGACUCUUCUAUGAAGAUUAGCCACACCUCCCCGGACAUUCCAUUGGAUGCAAAGACAGGGACCAAGGAGAACUGUGUGCACAAUGUUCGAAUGCAUCGGCAAAUCACAGAGCCAACCCCUUCCACACGGCAUAACUCAAUCCGAAGACAACUUAAUCUCUCAAACCCAGACUUCAACAUCCAGCAGAUCCAAAAGCAGGAGCAGUUGACUGGGAUUGGACGUAUCAAGCCAGAGCUAUAUAAGCAGAGAUCGGUGGACACAGAUGAUGGGCGGAGAAAUAAUAGCAAAGCUUGUGGGAAACUCAACUUUAUUCUGAAAUAUGAUUGUGAUUUAGAACACUUGAUAGUAAAAAUCCACAAAGCUGUCAAUCUGCCAGCAAAGGACUUUUCUGGGACUUCAGACCCAUAUGUCAAGAUCUAUUUACUUCCAGAUAGGAAAACAAAACACCAGACUAAAGUGCAUAGAAAGACCCUGAACCCAGUGUUUGAUGAAGUUUUUUUAUUUCCUGUUCCUUACAAUGAUUUAAGCACAAGGAAACUCCAUUUCUCUGUAUAUGACUUUGACCGGUUUUCCAGGCAUGACUUGAUUGGCCAAGUGGCCGUGGAUAAUUUUUUAGAGCUGACCGACUUUCCUAGGGAGUGUAAUAUUUGGAAAGAUAUUGAAUAUGUCACCAAUGACAAAGUGGACCUUGGCGAGUUGAUGUUUUCACUCUGCUAUCUUCCAACAGCUGGUAGAUUAACCAUUACUAUAAUAAAAGCUAGAAAUUUAAAAGCAAUGGACAUAACAGGAGCAUCAGAUCCGUAUGUGAAGGUUUCACUAAUGUGUGAAGGAAGACGCCUGAAGAAGAGAAAGACUUCCACCAAGAGGAACACCCUCAAUCCUGUUUACAAUGAAGCCAUAGUAUUUGAUGUCCCUCCAGAGAGCAUUGAUCAAAUCAACUUAUCGAUAGCCGUUAUGGAUUAUGACCGUGUAGGUCACAAUGAGGUCAUUGGAGUGUGCCAAGUAGGCAACGAUGCUGAAAGCCUUGGGCGAGACCACUGGAAUGAAAUGCUGUCUUAUCCACGGAAACCCAUUGCCCACUGGCAUCCACUUGCAGAGUGGGUUGGGCAAGGAACUACGACUGGAAGCACACCAGGGUCCUGCAAUUCUCUCAAGGGGCCUGCAUCUCCAUGAAGGAAACUGAACUGUUUAAAUCCAAAUGACUGUGAUGGGACCACACUCAGGAAGGAUAAGAACAUGGAUGCAGAUCUCAGCUGCUAAAUAAGCUAACAAACCUGAUACAGAUAAGGCACGUAUAGAAGAAUGACUAUAAGCACCUGGGUUCUUUUAUCAGUUUGCUUUCCAUAUCUUCCUGUUUCUCUUUUCUUUCAGCUAAUAACAAGUGAACACAAACCAUUUAUCAAAUGAUAACAUGUGUAUGCCAUCAUUUGGUAAGGCUUUAUAUCACCUUUCUAGGUGAUAAAUAGAAUUUCACUACCGUUCCUUACCUGAUCAUCUAUCUGGAGAAGAAGGGAGUAAUAUAAUCCUCCUGAGUACUUGGUGUAGCAAACAACCAAGUUUUUAAAAAGAACACAGUGUAAGUUAGCACUUGGUAAGUGGUCAUGUGUGUUCAUUGAGCUGGCUAUGGUAUUUGACCACAGUCAUUUCCCAGAUUAGAAUGUUUUAUUUAGCUGCAUGUUGGACAGUCAUGGUCUUUUUAUUUUUCUUAAGAUUCAUCACAAAAGUAAAACCUGUGUUUAUUCAGACAUCACUUUGUUUUUAUAACACAUAAACAUGUUAUACUUUAAUAUUUGUUGUUCAAUGAAUAGUCCUGGUACAUCUAUGUUCAAUGUCUAAUUUUGAAGCGUUAAGCCACAUCUUUGUCAGGGCUUUGUCAAUUUGGUGGACGUUUUUAAUCUUUGUUCAAUAGAGAUAAUGCAUGAUUCAUUUGCAGUAACAGUCUGAGGAUUGAAAUAAACUUACAUUUCUUAAUUUUUUAAAAAAAACUAUAACGUUCUUAUAAACUCAAGUUAAAUGUACUGUGAUUUUAUUUAUAUAGAUCUAGUCUGUACAAACAAUUUUGUUCUUAAUGAAAUGAUGUAAGAAAUUGUGCAAUUGUAAUUUACACUUAUUUUGUAUUUAUAUAUUAAAGUUGAAGUGAAUGUU